ACUCCUGGGGUAGUUGAGGGGGGCGGGUGGGCCUGUGAGGGGCUGAGCCUGCGCCCCCGACCCCGGAUCCUCGCUGGGUCCGCCUCUGAGUGACGCAGGGAGAGUGUCCUCCUUAUAGCGUCGGCCGGAGGGGCGGCGACUUGCGCUCGAGUCCAAGGAAGUGGAAGCGGCCUCCACGAAGCCAAGCCGUCUGAGGAAGAAGAUCUUUCUAUUAAUUUUGUGCAGACCGACUUGGCCUCAAUUUUCAAAGGUGGCGCUAGUGACGUGUCCAACAUAGGAGCAGAAUUGUUCCUAGAGCAGAAUGAUGACAGUAGAUCUGAAGGUGGCUGAGUACUUGAACCCUCAGAUCAGUACUCUGUGGGAGACCAAGGGACCUGUGACAGAGAGCUCCAGUCAGCACAAGAAGUGUGUCCCACAAACAGACAGCCUCAGUCCUGAGAGGUCUCACCUACACUUCCGAAGCUUCCUGUAUCAUGAAGCAGCUGGACCCCGUGAGGCUGUUGACCGGCUGCAGGAAUUAUGCCGUCAGUGGCUGAGGCCAGAGAUUCAUUCAAAAGAGCAGAUCUUGGACCUGCUGGUGCUAGAGCAGUUCCUGACCAUUCUUCCCAGGGACACCCAGACCCAGAUAAAGAAGCACCAUCUACAGAGUGUCGAGGAGGCUGUGGUCCUGGUAGAACACUUGCAGAGGGAAUCUGGUGAAACGGGGAAUGGGGUUGCAGUCCACAAGCUGGGAGAGGAAGCAGUGUUCUUGGGAGAAACAGCAGAGGCCCCAGGCUUCAAGCUGAAGCCAGCAGAGUCGCAGCCACUGGGCAUGUCCCAGGAUGAAGAAUUUUGGAAUACACACCAGGGUCUACAGGAACCACUGAGCAGAAAUACUCACAAAGAAACUGAGCCCAUAUGUGAGAGGGCUGUGCCUGCUCACCAGAUCCUAGCCUCUCCUGAACAGACAAACACCAAAGACUGGACUGUGGCACCUGAGGUCUUCUUGCCUGAGUCCCAGAACUUGUUGACAUUUGAAGAAGUGGCCAUGUAUUUUUCCCAGGAAGAAUGGGAAUUACUGGAUCCCACUCAGAAGGCCCUCUACAAUGAUGUAAUGCAAGAAAACUAUGAGACUGUCAUCUCUCUAGCAUUAUUUGUGCUCCCCAAACCUAAAGUGAUCUCCUGUCUAGAGCAAGGGGAAGAGCCGUGGAUUCAAAGAUCCCUGGAGGUCAGAGAGAGUUCUGAACUGCCUCCAGGGGCUACUGAGUGCAUCCUGCUGGUGGUGAUGGCGUUUGACCGCUACGUCGCAGUGUGCCGGCCUCUGCACUAUGCCACCAUUGUGAACCCUCGGCUCUGCUGGCUGCUGGCUGCCAUUGCCUGGCUGGGAGGCUUGGGCAACUCUGUGAUCCAGUCAACAUUCACCCUGCAGCUCCCUCUGUGUGGGCAUCGGCGUGUGGACAACUUCCUGUGUGAGGUGCCUGCUAUGAUCAAACUGGCCUGUGGAGACACAAGUCUCAAUGAAGCCAUGCUCAACGGUGUCUGCACCUUCUUCACGGCUGUCCCACUAAGCAUCAUCCUGAUCUCCUACUGCUACAUAGCUCAGGCAGUGCUGAAGAUCCGCUCGGCCGAGGGACGGAGAAAGGCCUUUAACACGUGCCUCUCCCAUCUGGUGGUGGUGCUGCUCUUCUACAUCAGCAUGUAUGGGUAUCUGCUUCCAGCUAAGUCCAGCAACCAGGACCAGGGCAAAUUCAUUUCCCUCUUCUGCUGUGUAGUCACACCCACGGUGAACCCUCUCAUCUACACGCUGAGGAACAAGGAGGUGAAGGGGUCACUGAGGAGGCUGCUGGGGAGGGGAAGAGAAGUCAGCUGAAAGAAGGGAAAACUCCAUCAUUUACCACCUCUUCAUCUCUACGCUUUCUCAUUCUCUCUCUGAACAGGUGAACACGAGAAAUACUAACCUCAGUCCACGCAUGUUCUUGACAACGCUAAGGUAUAUUACAUGGUUAGUGGUAUUUCUUUUUUUUAAUUGAAGUUAGUUGAUUUCAUGUUAUAUGGUUAGUGUUAUUUCUAAUGUUCUACACUUUACCAAAAAUCCUACUGUGGACCACAAAUAACAGGGCUGAUUCAGAUAUGUACCAUCAAUGGCUCAGAGGUUGUUGACUUAGUGUUGACUUAGUACUGACUUAGCUCACUGUCUCUGCCAUCCACCUGUUAUUUAGUACAUAUUUAUUAUGUGUAAUAAAUAUUACAUGGAUAUUAAUGUAUUUCUAGAGAAUUCUGUACUCAUAUAGAAAGCACCUCCACUUGCAGUAAAAUUUUAAAAAAUGGAAAACAAAAGAAAUACUAAGAAUUCUAGAAGGUUCAACAAGCUUAGUAAAACAGUGAUGGACAGCAUUUGAAAAUGCUAGUCUAGUCAGUGGAUUUAAAUGAGUUUAAGAGCCCAUCUCAUAGAGUCUGUCUAAAUCCUCUCCUGCUUUGUGAACUAGCAAAUUGUGCAUGAAUACCUGAAUCAAAUGACUGAAUUUUGAACCUGCCAGUGAAGGGAGUCAAUCCCUUUUCUGUCUUCACAGCCUUCAGUCUCAAUUCCAUGGCUGUGGUUAGGAGAUGGUGGAAUAAAGGAGAUGGUGGGAAAUAGGAAUUAAAAGGGACUUUGGCUGAAUGACCUCAUGCUCUAGUAUGUGGGUGCUAAGUUACAGACUAAUUUGGAAUCUCCAUUACUGAUUGGGUGAAAAUGUCGAGUUUAUUUGACUAUUGGUGAUUUGACUACAUCAGCUUUACUGAGUACUUACCCAGUGCUAGAUGAUGAUCUAAACUCUUUACAUGAAUCAACUCACUUAAUCCUCAUAGCAACAUAUACCAUCCUCAUUUUAAGAUGUGGACACUGGAGCGCAAGAGGAAACUUGCUCACAGCACAGUCGUUGGGCUCAGUAUAAAACCAAUUAUUUUUGA